GCAAUCGGAAAAUUUUCUGGUUUUCAUUCGUCAUUGCGAAAAUUUUACCUACGUGAGAAACAUCCAAUAUUUCCAUUAUUGCGUCAAUUGCGUCAAUUGCUUUUAAAAUCAAAUUAUAGCCAAAUAUUUGUGGCCAAGCCUUUCCACAGCUUACCAAGUGCCAUUAAACGUAUUUAAAUGUUUGUUGAAGACAAUUUUUCUUUAUUAGCAGCCGUCGCCCGAGCAGCGUAUAUUCGCAGCAGUGGCGGAGAGUUAUAAGUAUCAAAAGGCAAAUAGUGCGAUAAGGAAGUGGAAGUGCUGCUGAAAGAACGUAUAUUAUAAAUUCUAAAGACGCUAGAACUAGUGUGUUUGUUUGUUCGUUUGCAUUCGUGACCUCAGCAACGUGAAGUGAAAAUUUAGAGCAUAACUGGAAAAUACCACAAUUAAAACUAUUUUAUUAGGCUUGAGUAGUUCUCUAUACCCAAAACCAAUUAGACAUCAUCGUUAUGCCACAAUCACGUGCCGCCGCGGCAGAAGCGGCCACUGGUAGUGGCCCACAGCCGCUCGUUAAAAUCGGUCACUAUCUACUAGGCGCAACACUCGGCACAGGAACCUUUGGCAAGGUGAAAAUUGGCGAGCAUCAAAUGACGCACCAUAAGGUAGCGGUCAAGAUAUUAAAUCGACAGAAAAUUAAAAGUCUCGACGUUGUCGGUAAAAUUCGUAGAGAGAUACAGAAUUUGAAGCUCUUCCGUCAUCCUCACAUCAUUAAGCUUUAUCAGGUCAUAUCCACGCCAACUGAUAUUUUUAUGAUUAUGGAAUAUGUGAGCGGUGGUGAACUCUUCGACUAUAUUGUUAAACAUGGCAAAUUGCAAGAGCAUGAAGCACGGCGCUUCUUCCAGCAGAUAAUAUCCGGCGUUGACUAUUGUCAUCGCCAUAUGGUGGUACAUCGCGAUUUGAAGCCAGAAAACUUGUUGCUCGAUCACAAUUUACAUGUGAAGAUCGCUGAUUUCGGUUUGUCCAACAUGAUGUUAGAUGGUGAGUUCUUGCGCACUUCUUGCGGCUCACCCAAUUAUGCCGCACCCGAGGUAAUAUCAGGCAAACUUUAUGCUGGUCCCGAAGUAGAUAUAUGGUCAUGCGGCGUCAUACUCUAUGCACUGCUAUGUGGCACACUACCAUUCGAUGACGAACAUGUGCCGACUCUCUUCCGCAAAAUCAAAUCUGGUAUUUUCCCCAUACCUGAGUACCUGAAUAAGCAGGUGGUGAAUUUAGUGUGCCAGAUGUUACAAGUAGAUCCACUCAAACGCGCCACAAUGGAGGAGAUUAAGAAGCAUGAAUGGUUCCAAAAGGAGCUACCAUCCUAUCUCUUUCCGUCUUCAAUUGAGCAAGAUUCGAAUGUAAUUGACACGGUCGCAGUGGCCGAAGUUUGUGGGAAAUUCGGUGUUAAGGAAACAGAAGUGCAUAAUGCAUUGCUUAGUGGCGAUCCGCACGAUCAAUUGGCCAUUGCCUACCAUUUAAUCAUCGACAACAAACGAUUUGCUGACGAGGCGGCAAAGACGGAAAUCAAUAACUUUUUCGUAGCUGGUUCGCCACCGCCUGCCGCGCACUCACCCAGUGAGCGCGCUGAACCAGUUGGACCAACUGCUGUAAUCACUGCCGGCGGUUCCGCCUCGGGCACUUCUACGCCAGGCGGCACCAACAGCGCCAUGCGCCCACAUCCCGAACGCAUUGCACCGAUGCGCGAACGUCAAUUGGCCAUGUCCGUACAGGCAUCGGGCGGCGGUGCCUUCCCUGAAAAAGCAGCACGCGGCACACCCAUCAAACGUGCCAAAUGGCAUUUGGGUAUACGCUCACAAAGUAAACCUAACGACAUCAUGCAGGAAGUGUAUCGCGCCAUGAAAGCGCUCGACUACGAGUGGAAGAUCAUCAAUCCUUACCAUGUGCGUGUGCGUCGUCAGAACCUGAAGACAAGCAAAUACUCCAAGAUGUCUUUGCAGCUAUAUCAAGUGGAUUCCAAGAGUUACUUGCUGGAUUUUAAGUCUUUAACCAACGAAGAGGUUGAGCAAGGCGACGAUGUUAUAUUGGAGAGUUUAACGCCACCGCCGCUGAGUGUACAGGGUGCGAUGCCGCAACAGCCCACAGGGCACCACACAAUGGAGUUUUUCGAGAUGUGCGCCGCCUUGAUCAUACAGCUAGCGCGUUAGGUGAUGACAAUAAGUGUCAAUGUUCUAUGUGAACAAGGCAGAAAGUAUUGUAGGCAUGUGGGACAUAUUAAUUUCAAUUUCGUUGAAUAUAUUGUAAACAACUUUUAUUUAGAGUAUAAUGGAGCGCGUAGGAUUUGUAGGCGUAGAUGUGACCUGUUUAUAUUUAGUUGCAUCUAUCGUUUGAUGAACAGCUAACUGAAGUUGCGAGUAGUAAGGAUUUUUCAUAUAUUAAUCGUUGUAGUAUCGCUUUUAUUAAAAAUAAAACUAUUGAAACGUUUCAAACAAGCUUUUAUGUUGCAGACACGAAAAAACUAA